CAAGCGCUCUUCAACUCCCGCUCAGCCGUUUAUAACCCCAGCUGUUGGCAAACAGCAGGCAAAAAAACAAACUGCUUAGCCAGUGGCUUGAGGCAGAGGGAGAGUUUGCUCGAUCCCUCCUUGCCUCCGGAUCACCGAGCCCCCGGCCCCGACCCCUUUCGCCAGGAGGAGAGUCACAGAUCCCAAGGCCAGCCCAGCUCACUGCGACCAGCUCGUCUGACCUCCAGCUGCCCUGACCGAGUUCGUGUUUGAACGAGAGCGAGACCAGCCUGUGGAGCCGGGAUGGCGCUGACGCUGCAGCAGGCGUACCAUCGGCGCUGGUGGAUGGCGUGCACCGCCAUCCUGGAGAACCUCUUCUUCUCCGCCGUGCUGCUGGGCUGGGGCUCCCUGCUUAUCAUGCUCAAGCAUGAAGGCUUCUACUCCAACAUGUGCACAGGCGAAAACAGGACCAAUGGCUCGGCUCUGGGGCUUCCCCCACACCACUGGCCUAGCUGCGUGGAGCAGGAAGAGAUGCUGAACCUGGGCUUCACCAUCGGGUCCUUCCUGCUGAGCGCCGCCACCCUGCCCCUGGGGGUGCUCAUGGACCAUCUGGGGCCCCGGCCCCUCCGCCUCCUCGGCAGUUUCAGCUUUGCUGUCUCCUGCGCUCUGAUGGCCCUGGCUGCCUAUGACCCCCCAGUUCUCUCCCCACUGAUUUUCCUCGGCCUGUCCCUGAAUGGCUUCGGGGGUAUCUGCCUGACAUUCACCUCGCUGACGCUGCCCAACAUGUUUGGGAACCUGCGCUCCACCUUCAUGGCGCUGAUGAUUGGCUCGUACGCCUCCUCUGCCAUCACCUUCCCCGCAGUCAAGCUGAUCUACGAUGCCGGCGUCUCCUUCAGCACCAUAAUGCUGACCUGGUCGGGCCUGGCCUGCCUCAUCUUCCUCAAUUGCCUGGUCAACUGGCCCAAGGAGUCCUUCCCGGCGCCCGAGGAGGCCAACUACACGAAGAAGAUCAAGCUGAGCGAGCUGGCACUGGAUCACAGGGUGACAGGCGAUCGGUUCUACAUCCAUGUCACCACCGUGGGGCAGCGCCUGAGCCAGAAGGGGUCGUGCCCGCAGGGGGGCAAGGAGCUUUGCCCAUCCACACAGGACCUGUGCCACGGGGCCACAGUCCCUGCCGAGUACUCGAUCCCCUUCCGCCGCAGCGUCUGCUCCCCCAUCUUCCUGUGGAGCCUGAUCCCCAUGGGCAUGACCCAGCUGCGCGUCAUCUUCUACAUGGCAGCGAUGAACAAGAUGCUGGAGUUCCAGGUGACGGGCGGCAGCCCGGACGUGCCGGAGGAGCUGAUGGAGAAGGCUGAGGACACAGUUGGGUUCUACGCCUCCAUCUUCGGGGUCAUGCAGCUGCUCUGCCUCGUAACCUGCCCCUUCAUCGGCUACGUGAUGGACUGGCGCAUGAAGGACUGUGUGGACGGGCCGCUGGGCACGGGCGCCACUGUGGCAGCUGGGGCCGGGGCUGAGAAGUCACCUGCUAGGCCCCGUUACCGCAAGAUCCAGAAGCUCACCAACGCCAUCCGGGCCUUCACCUUCACCAACCUGCUGCUGAUGGGCUUCGGGGUCACCUGCCUCAUCAAUAACCUACCUCUGCAGUUUUUGACCUUUGUCCUUCACACCUUGGUACGAGGCUUUUUCCACUCCGCCUGUGGGGGUCUCUACGCCGCUGUGUACCCGUCCAGUCACUUCGGCACGCUAACUGGCCUGCAGUCGCUGAUCAGCGCCAUCUUUGCUCUGCUGCAGCAACCGCUCUUCAUGGUCAUGGUGGGGCCCCUGGCCGGCGACCCCUUCUGGGUCAAUUUUGGCCUCCUGAUCUUCUCUCUCCUGGGCUUCCUGCUGCCCUUCUACCUCUGCUACUUCCGGCGCGCCCUGCUCCGGGAUCAGCCGGCGCUGGGAGAGAGCCCGGACCUGGCUGAGGGCGCCCAAGUCAAACUCCAGGACGGCGUGGCCCUCAAUGGCAUGCUGAGUGCUGACGACACUGCGGCAUAGGGGGGGCUGGAGAAUGGGGGGGGGGGAGAGCGUGGGUGACAUAGAACAAAAUGCCAGAUCCGCUCAUCAGACGAUUGCCGAACAGAUGGGAUGAGACACUAAGAGCAGGAAAAAGAAACACUUGUAGGUUUCAAUACGCGGGAGCCAUGGAAAUAACCGAGCUGCAUCGAAUUUCUAAUAGCUUUUUUUAUAUAUAUCGAGAGAGCGAGAGAGAGAGAGGGCUAUAUAUUUUGCAGGGAACUUUAUAAAGCUCUAUGCUGUAAAUAACUAACCAAAGAUCGGGGUGCGCUCCUAAGCCCCAAGUCAGGACGCGCCCUUCCCAUAAAGAUCUGCUGGUGCCGGAUCAGGGCAUUCAGGAUAAUCAUUUCUAGCACUUACCUAGCCACUUUCAUCUGUCAAACUGUGGUGGGUGAGUAUCAGAAUUCCCCCCCCCCCACACACACACCAUGUUCUAGAUGGGGAAACUGCCUAGCUGCCGAGUCCUGGGUUUGAAUCGUAACUUCCCCCUCCCUGCCCUGCCUGACUGAGUCUUCGCCUAUCAGCUAACAUGGAGGGGUCAAACUUUCCUCACCCUGUUAGGACGUCCCUCGUUGGCCCACGCUGGGUUGUCGAUAAAGUUUCCUUUAAAACAAAUGAAAGGAAGUGUUUCUCCACGCAGUCAGCCUAGUGGAACUCUUUGCUGGAGGAUGUUGUGAAGGCCAAGACUAACGGGGGUUAAAAAAAGAACUAGAUAAGUUUAUGGAGGACAGGUCCAUCAAUGGCUAUUAGCCCGGGUGGGCAGGGAUGGUGACCCUAACCUCUGUUUGCCAGAAGCUGGGAAUGAGCGACAGGGGAUGGAUCACUUGAUGAUUCCCUGUUCUGUUCACUCCCUCUGCGGCACCUGACUUUGGCUACUGUCGACAGACAGGAUACUGGGCUAGAUGGACCUUUGGUCUGACCCUGUACGGCCGUUCUUAUAUUCUCUUCUAGCAUGUCCUGUCUGCCAACGCUGGGAUGUCGAUAAAGUUUCUUUCUCUUCUAGGACAUCCCCUAUCUGCCAAUAUGGGGUGUUGAUUAAGUUUCCCCUCCCUUCUCAGGCCGCCCCACACCAAGAUACCCUCUAUCUGCUAACUCUGGGAUGUCAAUCAAGUUUCUUUCUGUUAUAGACACUCUCUGUCUCCUGACACUGGGGUGUUGAUCCAGUUUCCCCUCCCCUAUUUUAUAAGCUGUGUAUGGUGGCGUGGAUCCCACCCCACCCCAGCAGAACCAGGCCCUGGGAGGUGUCUGGGGCGAGUGGCUGCCGGGGGUGUAUUUCUCAGGUGCUCCGAUUGGUCUCUUAUUUGGGAGGGCCCAAACGUGAAUGUCCACAAAUGGUACUAAGGGUGGGUCCGAUCCGACCGUGAGUUUUGAGUCUGGCUGCGGACCUCUCGGGGAAUGGGUGCAAGGGCCGGGAGGGAGGUGCUUGAAAUCACAUCUAUCGUUCCGGGCAGCGCUGGGGAGCAACCGCAGUUGGCCACCUUCCAGUGACAUCGUUGCAUCCAUUCUCGGUGGUGUUGCCCCCCCUUCCUGGGGACCAGCGAAGGGGUUGCCCAGGAAGGGGUGGGAAUGGGCCCCUGCCCCCUCCUCUCUGUAAGCCCCUCUCUCUCCCCACCCCCGUCGCCAGUGCUCCCCAGCCAGUGGGGGAUUUAAUUUAUUGUUCUGUUUGUAUGUUUCAGAGGAAAUAAAAAGGCAAAUAUAA